AUGGAAGUCGGUGUGGCCAUAGCUGGUGUGGCAUGUACAGCUAUAGCCUUUAGGCAAUAUUAUGGCUGCAAGGUCAACUGUUGGUUCUGUAACACGGAUACCCGGGUGUCGUGGUCACAGAAGAAUGCCUUCGUCUGUCCUACAUGCGACCAAUACAAUGGAUUUACCGCCGAGGGGGAUUAUAACCGACGGGUUCCCGGGCAGUAUCGACCAUUGACUCGGCAGCCAUCCAAGAACUUUUGCGCUAAUCGAGCUGCCGAAGCCCAUUCGCUCAACGAUAAUAUUUUAUGUGCUGAAUGUAAUCACAAGCAGACAAUUAUUGUCGAGCGCAUCAAUAAUUUUGAACCUACGAAUGAGGAUCGUUGGCAGGCUGAACUGGACGAUUAUAAGAAUCGUCUCAAUAAGGUGUACGCGCUAUGUGAGACGUGUACGAUGGCAACGCAGAGAAAAUUGACUCAAGACAAGGAAAAGUACGGAUACCUUGCUCGCAUCACCAAACGUGGGCGCGAAGCUCUUCAAGACAUCAAGACAUCGGCUAAAAAGCGUCGUAAAUAUUUCUUUCAUGGCGGAAGGACCACCGAGACUAGUCAUCUUGUCAGCGUGGCCAUUUCCUUCGUCUACACAUUAGCCAUAUUUCAUGUGUUGCAACGGGAAAGCCAAUUCCAAACGUUCGAGAUGUUCAUUCCAACGGCCCUUGUGGGAACAGUUUUCGACGGAUUAGCUCUAAUCAAUGCGAAUUCAAUGUGGUGUAACUUUGGCAUCCUCGUUAUUCAUGCAAUCGCAUUCACCACGAACAAAUGCCGCGUCAUCUUUCCCGAUUUAUUGGUGUUCGUCCUCAAUAUGAUGCUGUUCUUCUGCUAUUUGGACGUUCCUGCGCACUAUACUGAUGACAUGGACUUGUACAAAUGCGGGUUCAGCGCAAUUUUGUUCUGCCUCACAUCAGCGGUUUGGCUGCUGCCGCGAAAACUUAAACACGUGAAGCGGCCUAACACGAUUUCGAGUGCUUUCUCAGUUGCUUCGACGCCACUCUCGCAGUGCAGUACCAUACGCUCAACCGGGACGACUCCCCUGAACGGUUCUAUUUUGAACUCUUCUAUCGCUAGCCGCGGGCAUUUCUGGUCCGGCUCCCCGACGCAAAGGCCUGAGAACAAUCCGUCUCCCGUGUUCGGCAAUCGUAAUUGGACGGCCAGUCGUUUCGCACCUGCCGCAAAGGAAAAUAAGAAUCCGUUCGUGCGUGCCACCACGUUCCCGGCGAGCAAAGUUGGCAGCAUCGCUUCAAGCCGUUCGACAUCUCUCACGGGGUGGCGUGAUACUCGAGAAAAGACACCCGUCUCGCCGAAUGAGCAUGAACGCAGUGGGGACAUGGACUGGGAACCGAGUUUGGUUGGGUCGAACUCGUCAGUGUUGCGCCAAAGACCCGAUCAGAAUGCGAUACCGAGAAGCAGGCGCGAAGUCACACCGUCUAGUCAACUUGGUGGAAUGUUGGGUGGACUCAACCUUGGCAAACCAGAACGUUCAACUCGCGGCGGGCCAUUUGGAUCUCUCUCGUUCAACCCAUCGGUCCGCUCACGGUUCAGCGAACGUGAUGGCCCGUCCGGCUCGGACGACCCGCAAUUUGAUGCUCGCUCCACUGCUUCGGGCUUCACGUCGGUGUCUCAAAGGGCUCCGAACCACCAAUGGACGGCCAUGCCGCCAUCGUUGCGUCACCGUAACCUCUAUGAAGAUAAUGGUUCAGUCGGAACGGGCACCCGUCUUCAGCCUCCUCCAGCCGCCGCCAAUAGACCAUCCCUGCAAACUAUUCUUGCCAGUAGUAUGCCAGGGCAAGGCGACAAAUACGAUGACGGAGGUGCCACUAGUUCGAAAGACUACUCCAUUUGGACGGGCAAUGGCGAGACGAUCGUGCAUGUGAAAUAUGAGUACGCCGACUGGUUGCGUGUCGAGAGAUCAUGGGACAACAUAUACAUGCACAACAUCUUCAAAACCCAUUGGUACUACUCGAUCUACAUUGCCCUGGCCUACGUCUUCAUCAUUCAUGGCCUUGAACGAUGGAUGCGUAACAGGAAGCCCUGGCACCUCAAAGGCCCGUUGGUCGUGUGGAAUGGGGCGUUGGCCAUUUUUAGUGCUGUGGCCACCUGGAGGUACGGAAUUGAAUUCGUGAACACGGUGACGACGCGCCCGAUUUACGACUCAAUCUGCUACUCGACGGACCCGGAGCAGCCGGCUUCGUUCUGGGCUUGCUUAUUUGCUAUCAGUAAGGUGGUCGAAUUGGGCGACACCGUUUUCAUCAUCUUGCGCAAGCGCCCGCUCAUCUUCUUGCACUGGUACCACCAUGCCGUCGUGCUCGUCUACGUGUGGCAUGCUGCCGUCGAGCUCACGGCAGCCGGGCGUUGGUUUAUCUUCAUGAACUACGGAGUACACGCCAUCAUGUACACCUACUACACCCUGGCUGCGCUCAGCAUUCGGCUCCCGAAGGCCGUUUCGAUGACCGUCACCACUUUGCAGACCACCCAGAUGUUGGUCGGCGUGGCGAUCUCGUGUUGCGUGCUCUACAUCAAGAACCAGGGCUACGUCUGCCAGCAGAGCUUCGAGAACCUGGCGCUCUGCUUUGCCAUCUACUCCUCGUUCGCCGUGCUCUUCAUGAAUUUCUUCCGAAAGGCCUACUUUGGCGGAAAGAGGAAGCCCGUUGACGGCGGCGCUGACAAGAAGCAGCAA